AUGCGCAUCCGAGGUAGGUCGGGGCGAAAGGAGCGAGAGUCUGGGGCAAACAACGGCCGCCGACGAUCGCUGCGGUUUUGUUGGGAUUUUAGCAUCGGCUGCGGAGAGGGUCUUGGUUCUUUUCCAUUAUGUUAUGACCUCUUCCACUUCCCAUGACUGCCGCUUCUGAGCAUACUCUCCCAGCAUCCUCGUCCUGAGCUACCCCCUUCACGCCCCCCCCACUUUCGCAACCCCUCGGCAACAACCAUACCUACGAUACGAUGGCGUCGGGGAAGUCGCCCGUGGGCGAAUCCGCCCCGGAUCUCGAGAUCGUCGGCGACCAGGUUACGAUACACCCUAGCGGAUAUACUGGAGGACCGGAGCCUCAAGAUGGAGGGAUCACAGAGCGCAAUCUCGUCCACAACAUGGCGCGCUUUCGCGAGAACCCGUUUGAUUUCCUGCGCGAAGUGAGCUUGCAUAUGAUGUCGGGAACUGGGUGGCGCGCCUAUGACGAUGUGAUCGGACAGCCUAUAUACUAUUCGGGGUUUACGGAGCAGAUCAAGUCGCAUAUUCUCGCUAGUCCUAUACUACAGGGCAAGGUCAAGGAGCUUGCGGAAGCGCGACUGGUCGUCGAGGAGAAGGAGGGCCUCUUACAGGUCAAGACCGGCCCGUUUGCUCGGAAUCGAACACAGCGACGCAGUGAGCUGGAGAAUAACCUGAAGGAAGUCGUCGACCAGAUGCUGGAUAACAUGAUUUGCAAGAUGGAGAGCAAGAGGUUCAUUCGCGGCGCGUACUACCUCGCGACGCAGCUUCUCACCAGAGCUUAUCAUCAGGGUAUCCACGUCUCUAGCCAAGAAGUGUUGCGGUUACGGGCCGUGGCGGAGGAGGCGGCCAAGAAGAAGCAGUCCAUCGUUUUCCUGCCGUGCCACAAGUCGCAUGUCGACUACGUUUCGCUCCAAAUCAUUUGCUAUCGAUUAGGAAUCGCCCUGCCAGUUGUUGUCGCUGGCGAUAACCUAAACAUCCCACUAGUCGGCGCCUUCUUGCAGCAUGCCGGCGCCAUGUGGAUUCGGCGCAGCUUCGGCAAUGACCCACUAUACAACACCGUCGUUCAGGCUUACAUAGACACGAUCCUUCAGCAAGGCUACAACUUUGAGUGUUUUAUUGAAGGUGGCCGCUCACGAACUGGAAAGCUACUGUCGCCAAAGUUUGGUAUUCUUAGCUUUAUUGUUGACAGCUUGCUCUCUGGUCGCGUGGAAGAUACCAUCAUCUGCCCUGUCAGCACACAAUACGACAAAGUCAUUGAGACUGAAUCUUACAUUAGCGAGCUUCUGGGUCAGCCUAAACGGAAGGAAAAUUUGGCCGACUUCAUCUCUUCUUCGUCCGUUUUGUCCCUGAAACUCGGCCGAGUAGAUGUUCGGUUCCAUGAACCAUGGAGUCUGCGAGAGUUCAUAACGCAGCGGCUAUCUCGAAUGCCCGGACAGCUACAAUUGAAGAAAGGACUCAAACUUGGCCAAGCCGACAAGGGUCGCCUCCUGAGAUCAUUAGGUUACAGGGUACUUUCGGAUAUCAACGACGUUUCGGUGAUGAUGCCUACAGCUCUCGUCGGAACGGUUCUGUUGACUCUCCGUGGGCGUGGCGUUGGCAAGGCUGAACUUGUUCGCCGAGUGGAGUGGCUCUGUGACCGUGUGCGAGCAAAAGGUGGACGGGUCGCCCACUUUUAUCGGUAUCCGACUGAGGUGGUCGUCGAUCGAGCACUUGAUGUCUUGGGACCGAAGAUCGUCGGCGAGGUUACUGGCCUAGUUGAGCCUACGUAUUACGCGGUGGAUCGCUUCCAGCUCUCCUUCUACCGUAACAUGACGAUCCAUCUAUUCAUCACCGAGGCACUCGUAUCUGCAGCGAUGUACACCAGGGUCAAGCAGGGCGGUGGCCCUUCUCACCAGCGGAUUUCUUUCGGCGAUCUUCUUCAGCAUGUCACCUUCCUCUCCCAGCUUUUCCGUGGCGAAUUCAUCUUCCCACCUGAUGGGUUGACCACAAACUUGGAAAACACUCUGCGGAUGCUUGAAAAGGACAAAGUCAUCACGGUCACGAGGGAUGCUGCUGGAGCUCCAUUAUUUGUCGAGCUCAGCGACCAUGAACGCCUAUGCGGACGGGAGAACUACGACUUUUACUGCUUCCUUAUCUGGCCAUUCAUCGAAGCGUCGUGGCUGGGUACAGUAUCUCUUCUCGGGCUCACGCCCCCUCUGGACGGACCGAAAGACGCAUGGAUUGAUCUAAGCAAGGCUCAGAACAAUGCACAGCUGCUUGGCAAAACACUCUACCACCAAGGCGACCUCUCGUACUUUGAAGCCGUCAACAAAGAAGCCCUCAAGAACUCAUACGAGCGAUUCGCGGAAGAAGGGAUUAUCAUCAUUGCCAAGAGCAAAGAGGCGCGCACGCCCGCGAAAAUGCGACUCGCCCCGGAAUGGACACCACAGCGGGAUUCAAAAACCGGAAAACUUCUUCCCGAAGGCCGCCUCUGGGACUUUAUGGAGCUCAUCGCCCAGUCAAGACGCGAAGGCAAAAACCGCCGGGAUGGCGCGACUGUUUCCUCCAGAGUUCUUACCAUGUCAGACAAGGUCGGCCGAACACUAUUCGAAACCACGGAAAACCGCGAUCCCGCAGGCGACAGCGAUCUCUCCACACGGCUACCCCGCCGCAAGGCUAUAUCUCCUACUGCUUCAAAGUUAUGAGAUUACUAUUCUUAAUUGUCUCUGUCUUUUGUCUAUACCCAUCCCUGUCCUUCGUCGAUGUAUUAUAUACCGCUCAAUACAUUUUUUCCUUGCAUGGCGUUCGAGUUCUCAAUUUUUGGUAUAGGCGUGACGUCUUUGCUUUGCGGCUAGAGCUAUUCACGAACUCCAGACAGACUCAUAGUCACCUUUUCUUCAUUUGCAUCACCCCUCUUGGAUGGCUCCG